AUGUCAGCAAACCUUGGACCAUGUAAAAAGUGUGGAGUUAGAGUGUACCAGCUCGAAGGAGUCACUGCUGCCAAAUCAUGCUGGCACAGAACUUGUUUCAAGUGCGAGACUUGUGGAUGGCAGUUAACUUUGACCAACUACAAGAGUAUCAAUGAUAAGAUUUACUGCAAGAAUCACUAUCCAGUCACUGGAUUUGGAACUGACCACGUUGUUGGUACCACUACCACUCACAGCAUCGGUGUUGCUAACGCUGUUAAUGCACCAAAGUUGGACACUGUUAACGAUCAAGUCAGAGGAGAUGUUGGAAAGACACAGGUUGGAAUGGACAGUAUGCACAUUGCCAAGGGAGUGUCUGCACCAAAGUUGGAUGUAGUCAAUGAUCAGAUCAGAGGUGAUGCUGGAAAGACCCAGGUUGGAUUGGACAGCAUUCAAAUCUCAAAGUCAGUCAAUGCACCAAAGUUGGACGUUAUCAACGAUCAGAUCAGAGGUGAUGCCGGUAAGACUGGCGUCGGUUUGGACAGCAUCAGUAUCCAAAAGGGUCUCGACGCACCAAAGCAAGCACCAGUCAUGCACCAAGUGCGUGCUGCCGACUCA